AUGGCACCAGACGAGAGCGGUAAAGGGUUCUGCGGCUCCGUCCGUUCCCAUGCCGCAUCAGGGUGCGGGAGCUUCCUCCGCGUCGGAACAUCGGCGAGCAAUCCGUUAGCGGGCGCUGCGAGCCAGAGUGCCAAGUGGCGCCGUGGAGUUGGCGCCCAGACCGCGUUGGAGACCAAGUCAACGGCAAGGCAACGGUUUCCCUGUCGAUGA